AAGUGGAAAAGAGUGUUAUUCGUCAAAAAACCCACACAACGACGGUCAUUUUUUCGCCGUGCUAUUGUAAAAUUGUCUUUUAUCUGUGUUUUGUGUUCCGGGGGACCCCGACUCCAGAAUGUGAAAGUUUCCCGCGUGAAGCCGCUCCACCGUCUCGCCGAGUGCCAGCAAGAGUCAUGAGUACUUGUCAACUCGACUCCUCAACUGGAGAUAACUUUCUAGCACCUCACCAUGGGGAAGGAUGUAUUCAUAUGCCUUCACCAGCACAUGCAUUAAACAUGCAGAGAGUUACACAAGUUCUUACCACCUUGGGGCACCAUUCAGACAACUACAAAGACGCAUUAAAAAUAAUGCAACAAUAUGGAAAGGGCUGCAACACCUCAGACCUGCAAUCUGAGGCAGAGAACGAGGAGCUGCCAGAAAAAAGGAACAGGAAGCCAGUCCAUCGUCUCGGGGACUCAGAUGAUAGCGAAGAAGACCCGGGAAAUAGUGACCUCACAUCUCUGGGGUUGGCAAGCCAAUUGCACAGGCAGACUCCACCGUCUCGCCGAGUGCCAGCAAGAGUCAUGAGUACUUGUCAACUCGACUCCUCAACUGGAGAUAACUUUCUAGCACCUCACCAUGGGGAAGGACGCAUUCAUAUGCCUUCACCAGCACCUGCAUUAAACAUGCAGAGAGUUACACAAGGAACGGCAGUCCCUCCUCGACUCCCUCCACCCCCCUCACCAGCAGCCCUCAACAUGUGGCAGACAGAGGAGCCUGGAUCCAGCCUGGCCUACAGGCCAACAUGGCGAGGGGAAAGAAUGGCCGACAACAUUUCCUGCUCUGCGCCUGAGGUAAUCCACAUCCUUAGCCUGCUGGAAACUAUUAAGCACAACCAAGACCAGCUGAUUGCGAAGUAUGGACUCACUCUCAUCAUGAAGAAGAAACAACGGCAUGCACCAGCCCCAAAGCCAAAGAAGAUCAACCCGGUCAUCAAAAGAGGAAAAAAACGGAAGUUCCGAAACCCACACCACUAAAAGGCCCAGAAAGGCAGACCACUGCAAGCAAAAGAAGACUACUUCAGCUGUUUCAGCACACAAAAUGAGGAGAAGGAUGAAAACCAUGCUCAAUUACCUUUUC